UUUUCAAUCGGUAAUUUUUCAACACUAGAACUAUAAUAACAAUAUGUCGAAACAGUUUGGUUUAAUAAUACCUGGAAAACAGAAGAAGCAACCGGAAAGGCCGCCACAUCCACCAACCAAGCCUUCCAUCUUCGACGAGAGCAGCAAUAGUUCAGGUAGUGAUAAUGAUGCAGCUGCUCCACAAAAGCGGCUCACCGGCAAAGCCGGUGUGGUUAGCGGACCCAGUGUAAUGGAGCGACGUGUGGCUAAAAACAUUCAGCAGAAGGCCCUGGCCGAGGAUCCAACCAUAUUCCAGUAUGACGAGCUAUACGAUGAUAUGGACAACAAGCGGGAGGCUGCUAAAGAGACGAAAAAGCUUGAGCCACGAAAAGCCAAAUACAUUGGCCGACUACUGGAACAUGCAGAGCGACGUAAGCUGGAGAAUGAACUGCGCGUCGAGCGCCAAGUGCAAAAAGAUCGUGAAGCCGAAGGCGAAAUGUAUAAGGACAAAGAUACAUAUGUAACUGCUGCGUAUCGUAAAAAGCUAGAGUCCAUACGACAGCUGCAAGAGCAGGAUGCACGCGAUGACUAUCUAGAAGCAAUUGGCGAUGUGACAAAGCAGAAGGAUCUCGACGGUUUCUACAGGCAUCUAUAUGAACAAAAAUUGGGCACACAGCAGGAAGUAAUCAAGCCCAAAACAGCGUCCAGCUCAGAAGAGGUGGCUUACAAGCCAAUCAAGCGAGAAGGACAAACUUCAAGCUCAACUAAACAGCGCAUCUAUAGAAGACAGCGUUCCUCGCUAGAGGACGACGAUGAUACGACUGCUGUGGCAACAACUCCCACAGCUGAUAGCAAGACAGGAGCAGUGAAAGCGCAUUUGGCUAACAAUAUAGAUGCCGAUUCAGAUUUCAGCAUUGACGACUCGAGCGACGAGGAUGAGCAGACAACAGCAAAGGCGGCUGGCGACAGCAAUACGGAAGUCCAGUCAAAGCCAGUGGCAGUUGCGGUCACGGUCGAGGACAAGGAAAAACAGCCUACUCUGGAUGCAGAGACUAAACCACAGCAGGAACAGUCGCAGCCCACAGAGCAAAGCGCCGACAAUACCACCAAGGAACCAGAUGUGGAGACGGUUGUCCGACAGCCCAUUGAUCGCAGCUAUAUUUGGCGAAAGCGAACCGUAGGCGAGGUAUUUGAUAAUGCUCUAGCCCGGUAUCAUGAACGCAAACUGGCCAGACGUGCCUGAUCCCCGAUCCGGUAAUUUUAUAGCUCACAUAAAUGC